AUGUUAAAGGACUUAGAUGAGAAGUUGGAUGAAAUAAUAUUAGAAUACAAAACAUCUUUUAUAAAAAAAAAUUUUGAUUUUAUGUCUGAAAGUGAUAAAGAGGCCUUAGAAGAUUUGCUUCAAGCUGGGGCGGAUCAAGAUCAACUUCCAGAAAUGAAUUGGACC